AUGGAGAACGGAUUUGCCGCCACAAUCAUUCUACAGAAUCGUGAUGUAUUCGCGUCCCUAGCAGAAUUCCUCCGCAUUCUGGCAGGAAUUUGCUGGACGCUGAACUACUUCAGUAUGCUGUACACAUCGUGGCGUCACAAGCUUCCGAGCACUGGAAUCUUCCCACUUUGCUGUGACGUCGCGUGGGAGUAUGUUUACGCCUUCGUCUACCCUUCCGCGAGUGCGCACUGGCAGGGUGGAGUCCGUGUCUGGUUUAUGGUUCAUUGCGUUGUCAUCAUAUUUAUCACGAAGUAUGCGCCCAACGAGUGGACGAACAUGCCAUUCAUUCGACGAUACAUAUGGUUGGUCUACGGUAUUGUUAUCCUUGGCUUCACCGCUGGCCAGCUGGCAUUUGCUACAGAGGUUGGGCCUGAAUUGGGAUUCUUCUACGGUGGUGUCCUGUGCCAAACCUUAGCCAGUCUGGGGCCAAUAUGCCAAAUUAUCUCACGGAAUAGUACCCGCGGUGCCUCUAUUCUAACUUGGUUGCUCAGAGCGAUUGCCACAUUUGGAGGAUUUAUUAAAUUAAGUAUCUACUACUUCAUUGGAAGAGAUGAAGGCCCCUGGUUUGAAAGCCCGAUGUGCAAGUUCUAUAUUGGCUUGACGUUGAUUCUGGAUUUUACAUACCCAUUUUGCUAUUACUUCAUCAAGCGCCAGGAGUCGGCCAGAGCUGCAGUUGAAAUGAAGAAGGCGAACCGUCCUUUUCAUCUUGACUGCGGAGAAAUUUUAGCCAUGGAAAAUGCAAAACCCAAAGUCAUCAUCGUCGGGGGUUCUAUUACGGGCUUAACUUUGGCGCAUUGUUUGUCCAAAGCCGGAAUAGACCACAUAGUCCUGGAAAAGCGCGCUGAAAUUGCACCACAAGAAGGAGCAUUCAUUGGACUUUGGCCCAAUGGAGCUCAGGUUCUACAACAGCUUGGCCUUUAUGAGAGUCUAGAGACACUUACCGUGCCGGUACAUCGGAUGCAUAUUUCCUAUCCUGACGGUUUCUCCUUCAGCAGCCUUCUCCCAAAAGGAAUUCACGAUAGGUUGAAAUACCCCAUUGUGUCGCUAGACCGGAAGAAAGUCCUUGAGGUACUCUAUGAAUACUAUCCGGACAAGUCAAAGAUCAUCACCAAUAAGAAAGUAUUAAAAGUGCAAUUGUCCGGCCAGGGGGCUAUUGCCCUGACAGAUGAUGGUCAAAAAUAUCAUGGGAGCCUCAUAGUGGGCGCUGAUGGUGUUCACAGUCAGAUACGUUCUGAGAUGUGGAGGCUGGCGGACAUGAUGAACCCGGGACUAAUCACUGAGAUGGAGAGGAACCGUAUGUGCUUACCUUCCAAGGUCGUCAAAACGAGUCUCACCGUCGAAUACGCAUGUGUAUUUGGCAUAUCACUGCCGAUAGAUGGUCUUCGAGGUGGCGAGCAUGUAAACCGCUACGGUGACAAGUUUUGUGUCAUUACCUUUCACGGAAAGGGGGACCGUGUAUUCUGGUUUAUUAUACAGAAGCUUGAUCAAGCAUAUACGUACCCGGAUGCUCCUCGUUACUCUACAAAGGACGCCGCAGCUCUCUGUCACAAACUGCGGGACGUCAAAAUUCUUGAAGACGUCUCCGUUGGUGAUUUAUGGAAAACCAGACAGAUAGCGACGAUGACAGCACUAGAGGAGGGUAUGUUUGAGAUUUGGCAUUUCAACCGGAUAGUGCUACUUGGGGACAGUACACACAAAAUGGCACCCAAUAUCGGCCAAGGAGCAAACACGGCCAUCGAGGAUGCUGCGGUGUUAUCUUCCCUACUUAAUCGUCUGAUACAGAAAGGAAGCAUGGAAAAUCCGUCAAACUUCAUGAUUGAGAAUCUACUAUCGGAGUAUAGAAAGUUGCGGUUUGAACGUGUGAAAAGCACAUGUGCGCGAGCAGAGUUCGGUGCCCGGUUUCACACUCGAGACGACUGGCUCAAAGCUUGGGUUGGCAGACAUAUUUUUCCACAUAUUGAUCGCUUGAUUGAGACUCAAGCAUCCAAUGUACUCAUUGGAGGGGGAACGAUUGAUUUUCUGCCGAUCCCAGAGCGGACCACUGGUAAAUCUACCAUCAAAUGGCCUGAUGGGGGAAGUCCACCCGGCACCUAUGGGCUAUGCUUUGGAUCUCCAGCAUUUUGGCUUUUCUGUUUCUUCCAGGUUUAA